UCUCGAAUCUUCUACUUCUCUCUUCGAAGAAUCUAGCAGAUGGAGUUGCCUCCAUAUAAAACUCUCCGAAGCCAAUUGCUUUCGCCAGAAAGAAAAACCCAACUUGCUAAAAGUGUUUGUUCUCUGAGAAAUUUUUACAGUUCUUUCGAUAAAUACAAAUUAGGUAAUUUUCCAAUCUUUUGUCGAUGAUGGAGAGCCCGUUCUUCAGAAGCCAUUGGAACAAUUUCCCGCUACGCUCUGUCUACUCGCCGAGCGUGAGACAAGUCCCAGUCCAGCGCCAAUCUAAGCCAACCACGCCGAAGGUGGUUUCGGUUCCCGUCCACUUCGUUAGCUCCGAACGGACCACGUCCGACUCGGCGCUGAAGAUCCAGAAGGUGUUCAGAGGAUUCUUGGUGAGGAAGAGCGUGAAGAAGAUCGCGUCGAUUAGGCGCGAGGUUAAUGAGAUCGAGAAGAGGAUUUCGAAGCAGGAAACGGUGGAAUUGAUUCGGGAAGAUUCCAAGGAGAGUUUGAGGGUGAAUGAGACUUUGAUGAAUUUGCUUUUCAGGUUGGAUUCGGUGACAGGCGUUGAUUCUGGAGUUAGGGAGUGCCGGAAGGCGGUGAUCAAGAAAGUAAUCGCAUUGCAGGAAAGAAUGGAUUCCAUCGUUGCCGGCGAUCAGACCUCCGGCGGUGAUGCAAUCGAUGAAACUUUGGAGUCUAACCAAGCCGCAGAGAUGAAAGUUGUAGAUGAAGUUGCAGAGAAUCCUUCUGAAUUGCAAGCUGAAGCCCCUGAAGCCGAAUGUUCUUCGACAUUGUUGGCAGAUUGUGCGAAUUCUUCCGAAAUUGAUAAGGAUCGAGCCCCUGAAAUUGAAGAAAGUGUUACAGAGGCUGCAAAAGCUUGCGUUUUGGAGCCGCUGGAUCAGGAUAAGUCUCUGUCUAAUCCGAAAAUAGAAACAGAAGCUCUGUAUUUAAAAGAUGAAAGCCAAGAGAAAGUGGAAGCAAUUGAGAAUGAAGAAUCAAUUGGGGAUCCAAAUGGGAGCACGGAAGAGAAACUGGGGACGAAUUGUGAAACCGAAAGCCAAUCUGGGUCAUCUCCAAAUCCUCAAGGUGUGAUUGAAGGUGAAGAGGAAAAUUCACUGGUUAAGGAAAACGAUGGGAUGGAAGUAGUCCAAGAUGGUAAAAACGAAGAGAAAGUAGAAGAAAAUUGCACUAUUGGAGACGGAGAAAAUACCAAAAAGAAUAAGGAUCUGCUGGAGAGGAUGAUAGAAGACAACGAUAGAAUGAUGGGUUUGAUGGCAGAGCUCUUUCAGAGGAACGAAAUGCAAACCAAGUUGCUGAGCUCUCUAUCACAGAGGGUGGGACUGCUGGAGAAAGCUUUUGUUUGUGAUAAAUUGAGGAAGAAGAAGAAAAGAUGUGCUUCUGGGACUGUAGAUUGCCUUGAAAAAUCUGAGGAUUCAACUAAGAAAUGUGGUGGAAAAAGAUAGUUUCUGAAUUUGUGAAUUUGUUUUUGUCUUUUUUUGUGUUUUUGAUUUUAUUUUAUGGAUUGAUGAAUGUAAUGUGAGCUCUCUGUAAUGAAUGGAUUCUGGCAAUUGAAAAUGUUCUGUUCUUUAGAUGA